AUUUUCCUAAUCCAAUCAACUCUUUGAGCUCACAAAAACAUAGCCAACGAUGAAGAGAGAGGAUCGCCAACAUGGUCUUGUUCAAACCUCCCUUUGGAGCCCCACACCCAACUCCAGGUAUGUUAACAAGUUGAAUUCCCCUCCCACAGCAGGGUUGUUCACAAAGGCGUCACCAAAGCCCUGGAACCAUUCCAAGUUCACAGGCAAGUGUGGCAGGUCUAAAUGCACAAUUUGCCAUUUACAACCAGCUGGAAAGGCCAAGGGGACAAAAAAACUGAGGGGUUGUGACAUUGUUACUAACUAUAGAUUGAUGACUUGGAGGGUCACGGAUACUAGGCCGCGCUUGACCUUUUCUGGAUUCUCAGCUACUAGCUGCAUAUUGGACCAUUUGGCUAAUGAUCACAUGGAUCUUGAUGAUGUUGAUGAUGAUGAGUGA